AUGCAUCUUCCCACCCCUCUCCUCAUCGCUUUAUCCUCCCUCCUCACCAUCACGACCAGUACUCCAAUCCUCCCCCGCGCCGCCCCCAUCGGCACACCCCACAACAUCUACCUCAGCACCUGCACAACCCGCUCCCUCCUCUCAGACAGCACCCUCUCCUCCGCGAUCCUCUACACCGGCCCCGCCUCCAGCACCUCCCCCACCGACAUCGGCACCGUCUCUUCUUCACGCGCGAUCCAAUGGGCCGGCUUCACACGGCGUGUCGAUCUCGAAUCUGGGGUGUUUGAAUCCAAGAUCAGUCAGAGUGCUGAUACUUUUGCGAAGAGUGAGCUUGCAGGUGCGGCGUCGUUGAGUGGUACGGAUGGGGGCAAGGAGGAGUUUGUGUGCUUUAGGGAUGGAGUAAGUACGUUUCGGUUUGGAAGUGGGGUUGUGGGGGAUAGUGGGGAGACGACGGUUUGUGUGGCCGAGUUUUGGUGUGCGAGUGUGGGGGUUUAG